AUGAGAGUGGAUGGCUUCAGAAGUCUUAAAGCUGAAGAUUACUUGAUGGUUCUAAGUAUUAUCUUCUACACCAUCCAGACGACCCUCGCCUACAACAUUGGGACACUUGCGCAUGGUCUUGCCAACAAUGGGAUUUCAAACGCAGAACGUGCUGCGAUAUCGCCUAGUGAUCCAGAAUAUGAUCUCAGGGUCAUCGGCUCCAAAAUCCAGGUGGCAGGCUGGACCAUCUACUCAGCCCUCAUUUGGUCCUUGAAGUUAUCCAUGCUUUACUUUUAUACUCGCCUUACGAACGGUCUCGGGCGACGGUAUCGCAUCCGUAUAUAUGUUGGGUUCGGGUUGGUGAUUGGUACCUUUGUCGCAACCAUGAUAGCAAUUUUCGCUGGAUGUCGGCCGUUCAGUAACUACUGGCAGAUCACCCCAGAUCCCGGCAAUUCUUGUCAAGCCGCCAUUUCGAAACCCAUCGUCUGGGCCUCAUUUGCCUCUAACGUCUCGACUGACAUAUAUUUGAUCGCCAUUCCGCUUCCGAUGCUCUGGGGAUCUAGUCUUAAGACGAUAAAGAAGAUCGCCUCCAGCAUUGUCCUUGGUUCGGGUAUUUUUGUGCUCGUCUGCGCCACCUUGAAAAGUGUUUUCGUUUUAAUAGACCCUGUCCAUGGAGCUCAGCUGGCUGGCGUUUGGGGUACACGUGAAGCCUUCGUCGCCGUAAUGACAACUAAUCUACCAAUUCUGUUCCCACUGUUCAGAAUUUGGCUCACACCAGUUUUCGGAAGUAUACUACGCUCUUCGCACCAGACAUCAUAUCAGUAUCCCACCGGAUUUCAGACUAUCGGUGGUGGGGGCCGAAGUGGCAAGACUAGUGACCCCAGUCGUCGAGGGCCCCUGACUGCAAACCCAAUAUCGGGAAACAUGUCGUUCAAUAACAGUGAGGAGCGCAUUGUCAAGGUAGAGGCGCACGGCAUGACCGACUUGGAUCAUGGAGGAAACAGCGGCGUUCAAAAGGGUAUCAUGGUUUCGAACAUGGUGAAGAUAGUUCUUGAAGAUAAAAAGGAUGGAGGAAGUCGAGGCAGAAGUGACUCUGAGAGGUCAUGGUAG